UUCUUCAUCCAUGAAACAUCUCUCUAUGCUAAAAUUUCACAGAUAGGUAUAGCAUGAUAAUGGAAGCAUCUAACGAGAAUUCUGUUAUAAUUCGACCAGCAACGCAGGAGGACAUUCCCUUACUCCCGGCUAUUGAGAAAUCGGCGUCUAAACUUUUCAACUCAAUUCCCGCGCUGUCCUUCAUCGCUUCUGAUCCUCCUCUCUCUACUGGUGAACUUCAAUUAUUUCUUUCGUCAAACUACCUCUGGGUAGCUACAUGCCAUGAUUCAAGUUUCAACACCAGGCCUGUGGCAUUCCUCGCCGCGAGGCCAAUAUGCACCCAUCAUGACGACGAAUUUAGCAGACACAAAGAAGCAAAACAUUUAUAUAUCGCAGAAUGCUCUGUUCAUUCAUCUUACCAAAGACGUGGGAUCGCAAAGUUAUUGCUCAAGACGGUUGAAAAUGAUAGUAGGAAAAGGGGGUUUUUAUCAGAACUACGGAUUUGAGGAGGUAAAUGCAGAAAUAGUCGGGGAAGAGUAUGUGAUAAUGUUAAAAAGGGAAGAGGAGAAUUGGAAAGGUUCUUGGAGCAUGUUUGAUGAAUGGAAAAGGGGACUCAUGUUGAAGAGAUUAUGAGUAACAUCCCCUAGGAAGACUGUCGUAAGGAGGCAAUGACUAUGACUUACCGAAUCCAUUAUAACACCAUAGUAUUUUAGAAUCAUCUUAAUCCUGUGUCAUGAUGCGUAUAUGAGAAUCUAGUUUUCUAUAACUAUGUAGGGC